AUGUCAAGAACAAACGUACCGAUAACUAAGGACGCACCGAUAACUAAGGACGUACCGAUAACUGAUAACGCAUCGAAUACUGAAGACACAACGAUAACUAAAGACGCACCGAUUACUGCAGACGCACCGAUAACUAAGGACGCACCGAUAACUAAGGACGUACCGAUAACUGAUAACGCAUCGAAUACUGAAGACACAACGAUAACUAAAGACGCACCGAUUACUGCAGACGCACCGAUAACUGAUAACGCAUCGAAUACUGAAGACACAACGAUAACUAAAGACGCACCGAUUACUGCAGACGCACCGAUAACUAAGGACGCACCGAUAACUAAGGACGUACCGAUAACUGAUAACGCAUCGAAUACUGAAGACACAACGAUAACUAAAGACGCACCGAUUACUGCAGACGCACCGAUAACUAAGGACGCACCGAUAACUAAGGACGUACCGAUAACUGAUAACGCAUCGAAUACUGAAGACACAACGAUAACUAAAGACGCACCGAUUACUGCAGACGCACCGAUAACUAAGGACGCACCGAUAACUAAGGACGUACCGAUAACUGAGAACGCAUCGAAUACUGAAGACACAACGAUAACUAAAGACGCACCGAUUACUGAAGACGCAUCGAUUACUGAAGACGCACCGAUAACUAAGGACGUACCGAUAACUGAGAACGCAUCGAAUACUGAAGACACAACGAUAACUAAAGACGCACCGAUUACUGAAGACGCAUCGAUUACUGAAGACGCACCGAUAACUAAGGACGUACCGAUAACUGAGAACGCAUCGAAUACUGAAGACACAACGAUAACUAAAGACGCACCGAUUACUAAAGACGCACCGAUUACUGAAGAUGCACCGAUAACUAAGGACGCACCGACAACUAAAGACACACCGAUUACUGGAAGACACACCGAUAACUAA